UCUCGUUUCUCCAUAAUCUCCACAAAAAAAGAAACCCCAUCUCCCAUUUUUGUCCAUAUCAAUGGCUUCGAGCUCUCUGAAGCAGCAGCGGCCGGAGGCAACUUGGACGGCGAAGCAAAACAAGCUGUUCGAGAAGGCAUUGGCUUUGUACGACAAAGAAACGCCGGAGAGAUGGCAGAAUAUUGCCAACGCCGUCGGCGGCAAGUCCGCCGACGAAGUCAAACGUCACUACCAGAUUCUCUUGGAAGAUCUCCGGCGGAUCGAGUCCGGCCGCGUUCCCAUCCCCAAUUACAGAGCCUCCGCCGYCGCCGCCGGCAAUGCCGAUGAGGAGUUGAGGCUGCUGAAGUAUCUUAAGCUGCGAUAAAGUUGCCUACCAUUGCACUGUCAUCUUUCAACCUCUCAUUCAUAUUCCAAAGUUUAUAAAUGGUUGAACAAAAAUGGCUCACUUGGCUGGUUG